AUGUUCAGCAGUGUUAAAAGAGUUCCAAUUGCACGCCAUUUGCGGUGUUCUCGCGUUAUUUUAAGAAGAGGUUUUGGUUCCGAGCACUCUGUCAGAAGCCGUUAUUUGGCUUCUCCUCUUCUACCUUCUCCGGUAACACUUUUAGGUCUAGGAACUGGGUUGGCAAGUCUUGGGUACUUUGCGUGGCAGUCACAAUUGAUCGGAAACGAUGCGAACUUGAAAGAAGAUAUUUCUGCUUCAGUGGAGGUGGACAAAGCGGUUUCACCUUUUCCAACAAAACUGGGCCCUCCUGAGUUCCCUUUGACCAUUCCUUACACUCUUUUGGGUUUUGGAGUCCGUUCCGUAACAUUUGUCAACUUUAAAGUUUAUGGGUUGGGUCUGUACGUUGCCAACGAGGAUUUGCCGUUGAUUUCUAAGAUUUUCAGCACGAACUAUCUGUCCCUGGCUUUUGUCGACACUGAUAAUUCCAAAGAUCACUCUGAAAACGUCGAGCAGGCGCUGCAAGAUCCUGUCAAGUCGAGGGCAUUGAUAGGUAGUCUCAUUGACGGCGGAGUGCGGAUGAUGGCCAAGAUUACUCCGAUCAGGAAUACUGAUUUCAAUCACUUGAAAGAAGGACUAGUGAAAUCUAUUUUGAACCAUCCGGACGCAAAAAACAACCAAGAAGUCGUUUCUCGUGGUAUCCGGGAGUUGAAAGAUGCCUUCACGAGAAAGGGGGUUGUCCCCAAAAAUGAUGAUCUGCUCAUCGAGCUUCAGGCUAACGGUUCGCUGCAAUUGUCUUACCGUUCUCGGAAAUCGAGCGAGAGCAUUUUGUUGGGUCGAGUUGACGAGCCCAUGAUCGGCAGACUGUUAUUCAGCCAAUAUCUCAGUGGCCCCAAGCCCUUGAGCGGUGCAGCAAGAGAAUCAUUCGUGUCCAAAAUUAAGACCUUGGUAUGA